CGCGAUCAAGUCUCAGAGCUUUCACCAGGCAAGUUCCUUCUCUUUCGCUUUUCAGCCCUCCGAGUCAAGUAAGCUUUCCUCCGAUCUCAACUUUCCUUCCCGGUUAUGUCUUCUUUUAGCGAUAGGAUUUCGUCCUCAGAGGACUUCUCCUCUGAGGACUCCAACUCAUCUUCCUCGACCGGGUCUUCUUCUCCUGACUCCAUGCCCGGUCAGGUUCCCAACUCCUAUAUCCCCGACCCGCAACCUGUUAAUCAGAUGCCCGGUGAAGUUUUUAUGGGAAGGGAUGAGCCGGUUGAUGAUGAACCGGGUCCCUAUGACCCUGAAAACGAAACCCGGGACGCGUGGGAGGAACGCCUCCAUGCCGCCGUCCUACCGGGCGGGUUUGGCUGCGAAGGUUUUGUGUUCUUCAAUGCCCGUACCGGUAGGAAGUUCAUUUCCGAAGUCCCCCAGAGUAACCGGAGAUGGAAGGAAAAAUUUGUUUUCAUCGAGUUUCCCCCCUUCGUCACUCCUUUUGCCGGUCUAAAAUGGAAUGACCAUCUUCUCGAUCAAGAGGACGCUGCACCGGCUUCCUCCCCUGACUUGGAAGCAAGUCUUGAAAUCCUUAUGUACGGCGAUCCAUACACCGGGAGGGUCUUCCACUAUGGGAGCUGGGUUUGGCGGGUUGAAUCGGGUGGUGAGGGUACCUCCCAAGCCCAUGAAGCAGCGGGGCGCGGGGUACCCUCCCCGGGCAACACUGCAGAGGCUGAGGGCCAAAACCACCCAGAUAUGGAGUUCGAGAAGUUUGCCAUUCCCGAUGACCAACCAGCGGGAGAAACUGGGGGCUCCCAGGCCAACCCUACCAAAACCUUCCCGGUCAAUCAAGAGACCGUGGAGAUUUUGGAUGAGGACGAACCGCAAGACUACCGGUCUAAGGGUAAGGAAAAAGAGAAGACCGGUCGUCGGACCAAGAAGGUGGCCACCAACCAUCCCUCUGCCAUGAACAAGAGGCAGAGGACAGAUCCUGGUGCGGCCCAUCAGACCGUGGAGGAAGCAUACAUCAACCUCGGUCUGCGGUUGAGGGAGGUUGGGGAGAUUGGGCCCAUCACCGCCGACCGGUUAGGAAUGGACUCUCCAACCGAGGUGGCCAGGCUGAAGAAGAAGAACGGAGAGCUGGCCCUCAUCCUAAAGAGCCAAACGGAUGAGCUGGCCAAGUUGUCAAAGAUGGCCAGGUCCUUUGGGGCAGAGAACACCCGGUUGAAGGAGGAGAACGGCCAGCUGCUGGACGAGGUCUCCGAAACAAAAAGGGAGAUGGCGGAGAAGGAAGAAAACUUCCCCGGGCGCGCAGCUGCCUGGGUUGAGGAAAACAAGGCCGAAGCUGCCCGGGUGCUGACAGCGAGCCCAGAGGCCACCAUGGAAUCCUUCAGGCUUCUAUACCGGGAGCCUGAAGGAAAGAAGAUGAUAAUGGCAAUUGGGUCCUUCAGAUUCAAAAGCGGCCAGAAGAAAGACCGGGCAACCUCCCACCGGAUCCUCUUGAAGAGAGACCCGGCCUUCACCGCGGCUUCCUACGGCCUGGCUCCCAUCCCAGAGGAAGAGCCAACUCCCCCUUUUCCCCUUGACUGAUCUCCCCGGCUGCGCCCGAUUGAAUUAUCUUGUAAAACUUCGAACUCAUUUCCCGGGAAUGCCCGGUGUAUCUGUAAACAUUUAACAUUCUUGUUCCGUUUGAAUGCCAUGUUUAAUUCCCUUACCGGUUAAUCUUCCAUAUCUGCUUGCUUGUUGAUUUAUACUUUGCUCUUACUCCUUAUAAAUUCUGACCGGUAAAUAAAUCAGACCACUUCUC